AUGCUGGACCAUGUGUCUGUGUUCAGCAAGUCUGGGUUAGUACUGUGGAGCCGGACAAUGGCGAAGCUCAAGGGGGACCCGGUGGACGACCUUGUUAAAAACGUACUUCUCGAAGAGAGAGGUGGCACCAACGUCGCUACGACCGAGUGGUAUACGCUGCGGUAA